AUGAAACGAAAGCAUAAAUCAUUAUCUAUGGUUGAAAAGGUGGAGUUACUCAAGAAAUUAGGAAAAGGAAUGUCCGUAAAGAGUUUGUGUGAGUACUAUGGCAUAGGAUCGUCCACGGUAUAUGAUUUAAAGAAGCAAAGGAAGAUUUUAAAGUUUUUUGCUGAACAUGAAAGCCGGAAUAGCUUAAUAGCUCGGAAAACCCUGGAAGGUGCCAGGAGCUCAGAAUUAGACAGUGCACUCAUAAAGUGGUUUAAGCUAAGACGUAGUGAAGGUCUACUAAGCAUUUCUGGUGAGAUGCUUAUGGAGCAAGCAAGAAUUUUCCAUAAGGAGCUGAACCUAACAUAUCAAUGCGAAUAUUCGCAAGGUUGGUUACAGAAAUUUAAAUGUAGAUAUGGCAUUUCGCUUCAUAAAGUAAGUGGUGAAAAACGUAAUGCCGACACGGAAGCUGCAGCAAAUUUUGUGGAUGAAUUUGCAAAGAUAGUGGCAACAGAAAAGUUACUCCCAGAGCAAGUGUACAAUGCAGACGAAACUGCUCUGUCCUGGUAUCGUAUGCCACGCAAAACUCUUGCUCAAGAUAUUGAAGCAGCUCCAGUUGGAGGUAAGGAUUGCAAAGAUAGGGUAUAA